GGCUUCUGAGCCGCUGAAGAGCCUCUUCUCUUCCUUCGCUCGCUGGCUCUCUCGCGCGGCCCUCUCCACGGCCCAAGAGUUCCGCUUCUCCUUUGUAUUGGCGAUUGUUGCUAUUCUUCACCCGAGUAUAUACCAUCUUCCUCACUUGGUCUAUAUUGAUCGAGAGAAAUGGCUGCUCAACCGCAGUUGUUGAGGAACUCGCCAGCUUCUCUGCCAUUGCUCCUCUUCCACGCUAAAACGAAGGCAAAAUUAGGCAUAAAAAUCGGAUCUUUGGCCACUUAUGGGCCAACCGGAUGCACCAGCGGUCGGCGGCACCGACUCGUCGUCCGGUCGAGCAGCGGCUCCAGCAGCGGAAGCUUGGAGAGAGGAUGGCAGGAGUGGUGGAAGCCCCCGGGGAAAGGGCUGGCGGCCGCCGGUCUCACCCUCAGCGACGUCGUGUGGCCAUCGGCAGGUGCGUUCGCCGCGAUGGCGCUUCUGGGGAGGAUGGAUCAGGUGGUGGCUAGCAGAGGCCUUUCGAUCACGAUUGCUCCUCUCGGGGCCGUGUGCGCUGUGUUGUUCACCACCCCCAAUGCUCCUGGUGCCCACAAGUACAAUAUGUUCGUUGCUCAGAUUGGGUGCGCAGCCUUUGGUGUCUUAGCACUUUCAAUAUUUGGUCCAGGAUGGUUGGCAAGAGCAGCUGCUCUUGCUGCAUGUAUGGCAUUCAUGAUUACCACAGGCGCUACUCAUCCUCCAGCUGCAAGCUUACCCAUUUUGUUCAUUGAUGGUGCCAAAUUCCAUCAUCUAAACUACUGGUAUGCCUUGUUUCCUGGGGCAUUUGGUUGCAUUCUUCUCUGCUUAAUUCAAGAAAUGGUGAAUUAUUUGAAGAGAAACUGCAAGUUUUAGCAGCAGUAAACCCACCGUUAAACGAUACAAACUGUGCAUCUUCUUCAAAAAUUGUAAAUGGAUCCUUAUCAGUGAUGUUGAAUAACAAAACCAUUUGAUACUAUGAGAUGUGAAGAUUGGAGUGGCUCAUUUGAUUGUGACAAGUUUGUGAUUCUUGCUUGAUAAAAACCAUACAAAGUGUAACAUAUAAAAGAUGACUACUCAAUGAAAAGGUGACAAAAUAAGUGGAAGUAAAUAA